GGAAGCGUUCGAGUACAAAUCGAAAACCAGACUACCAAACACCAAGGAGGGUGAUAAUCUGAGCUUCGGACAAGGGGAACCCAGAGGCGCACAGGAGAGAAGGACGUGGAGGACGAAUUCGGUGCGCCAUAUAAAACUGGAGCAGUUGUGCCUUUUUUUGGACAGUACCCAGGGAGUGUCCGUUGGCGUACGUUGACGGUUGUUGAGUUUUGGAGUUUUUGAGAUACUAACCUCACACAGUGACUCAGUUGAACUUUUAAGCGAGUGCGUCUGCGGACCCACAUCAAAUAGUGCGCAAUUGGUGGCAGUGAGUUGAGCUAGUUCUCGCUAGAAGUAGGUGCCAUACUGAAAUUCUAAGAUGAAGUGUUUUGUGGUGUUAAGUGCCUUGGCGCUGGCACUGGCUAGUGCCAGACCCGAAGGCUACAGUUACUUCACGCCCCAUGGAUCCAGUUCGGGCCACGGUGGUCAUUCGGCUACCUCGAGUGCUAGUGUACUGUUUACUGCCGCCGGCACGGGUGCAUCCGCUGCCGCCAGUGCGGUGGACGACUGUGAAGAGCCCGCGCACGAGCAGCUGUCACCGUUCCAGCACAGCCAGGUGCACUUCUACGCACCACAAACCGCUACUCAUGGCGAGUCCUCGUCGUACCUCAGUGCUUCUUCUGGACAUCAGCAGCAGCAGCAGCAGCAUCAUUUGUCGCUGCCAGUAGCUCACGCUCAGGUGGCCGUGUCGGGUGGAUCUUCCAGUGCCGGACACUACCACUACCAGCAUCAGGAGCAGCAACAGCAGCACCACCAACAAGAACAUCAUCACCAACAACAUCAGACCGUUGAACAUCAGGUGCAUCAUCACGUUGAGCCACAGGUCGAAUACUUCACCAACGUGCAUCAGCACCAAUCCCAGCAGGCGCAUCAUCACCAGCAGCAGCACCAUCAUCAACACCACGAAGCAUCCGUGCACUACGUGCAGCAGCCCGUCGUCAAGGAGGAGGUCCACAAGCACGUGUACGUGCAUGUCGCACCGGAAGAGAAGGAAGAAAUCCACCAGAAAGUGAUACUGCCGACCUACACCAAGCAGAAGCACUACAAGAUCAUCUUCAUCAAGGCGCCGUCCCCGCCGACCGUCAGCAAGGUCGUGCUGCCCCAGCCACCGGUCAACGAGGAGAAGACGCUCGUCUACGUCCUGCACAAGAAGCCCGAGCUGGAGCAGGAGAUCGUUGUGCCAGCACCAGCGACUGCCAAGCCCAGCAAGCCGGAGGUGUACUUCAUCAAGUACAAGACCAAGAAGCAGGAGCAACACUCCUACCACCAUCACGAGGAGCAGCACUCUUCUGCCGGUACGUUCGGUGGCAGCAGUAGCAGCAGCAGCAGCCUCAGCAGUGGUGCUAGCGCCGGUGCCUACGAAGCGGCCGAUCUGUCCGGGUACGGUGGAGUGUACAGCAGCAGCUUUGCACCGAUCGUCGUUCCGGAGGGAUCGUACUACAGCACGACGCCGGCACCGGUCAAGGUGACCACCGUCCACUCCGUUGCGUCGUCUUCCACGUUGGCACCGUCCUCGUCGUACGUGAGCAGCACGGCCAGCAGCAACAGCGCCCACAAGGCGCAGAGCAUUAAAGUGACCAACAUUGGCCUGUCUGGCUAUUCUUCUGGUGGAACGGGAUACGGCUCAAGCACGGGCUUGAGCUCGAGCUUGAGUUCUAGCAGCAGCAGCAGCAGCAGUGGUCGUCAGCGUGGUUCGAAGAAGUCGUGCGGCAAGUGCAGUAAGACCAACAGUGCGCCACUGGCCGUCGGUGGCACACUCGACGCAUUCGUGUCGAACGUGUACUAGGGAUGGAAAGUCCAUUCUUCGUUAGCUUUAGUCAAACUCACAGAUCUUCUAGCUCAGUUAGGGACCCGUCCGCACAGAAGGAAAGGCACUCCUUUCACUUACACGAAUCUUGAACAUUCUUCUGGUGUUGUGUGUUAAUAAAACAAAGAAAAAACCCAUAGCUAAUACAACAACGAACUCCUCUACCGUGUUGCCAUCUCCUCGUCCCCACGGCGCCUUAUGCAAUCGAAGUUGAGCCGGCCGAAGCACAUUGUCCAGGUGGGCUGGUGCAGGUGGUUGCGUACCUACCAAGGAACGGGACCGUUGUGAAAGGGCCCUCGACGGCGCUGAUCGAUAACGAUGAUCGGAUCCGCUCGCGAAAGAGAAUGUAUGGCGAUGGCACUCCUGUCCCACCUGCCCCCUUCUCCGUUGAUAAUGUUGAUGUUCUGCUCGUCCUUUCCCCCGCCCUUCCCUCUGCAUGGUAUGUAAUUAGUGGUGCGAAUUGGCCACGAUUUGUCGCCUCGGGACGGCGCUGAAGCGAUCAAGUGGGGUUGGCCGGACAAUCACCGAGCCCGAUGUUUGGGUUUCGGUUGUUUUCUUUGCAAUCUUUUUUGUUGUGUGUGUGUGUGUGUGUGUUGGGGGGUGUUUUUGCAAUGCUCAUUCCCUUCACCAUCCGUCCGUGGUCCCCCUGAGACUCCCAGCGAGUACCGAGAUGCGUGUUAAUCAUCCUAAUGUUCACCAUCAGCGGCGAUGUCUGCCUGCCUAGCAUAAAUUGCUCGUUCAAAGUCACGUAUCGCGAAGGUGCAGCUCGAUGUUCCCCAACAGGUGCCCGAUAAUCGAGUACACACACACACACAUACGAUCGCGAUCGCGAUCAGCAUCUUUUGAAUUUCCCCUUCCUUUUUCUAUGUCUGUGGCCUUUCUCUUCAUCUCUUUUCCUCAUCCGGGGGUUGUAAUCAAAUGUAUGUAACCAGGCUGGCCACUCACAUGAUGAUGAGACUGGGUUUUUUUUAUUCCUCGCCAAACCCGGACAAAUCGCCGCUCGAUUAUCAAUUUGCCAGCACCAUGUCAGGCUGAAGGUAAACCGGUCGAAAAUUAAACCAUUACUUUGCCCAUUUCAUCUGACCCCCCGGGAAGGCCGUCGCCGGGGAGCAAUUAUGCCCAAAACAUCCUAAACGAGGCAUUACUGGACUACUGGUCCAAACCAUUGCUUUGUAAGAGGAUCGUUUAAGCUCCUGCACAUGCUGCUAGGCUCGGCUCAUCUUCCAACAUCGAUUUGUACCAUUCUGAGGGGUUUUUGUUUUUCCUACGUCCAUUUCCAUCCAGCCUUGAGCAUCCAUCAACGAAACCACGCAUACGCAUCGGAAAGUGACCGAAAAGUGGUGCACCAAUCCUCUGCACAGCACAGAACCAUCGCGAUCGCUUCCACCCAGGUCCCAUUCCAACUCUCAAUCGUCCUCCUCAAUCCCCGCUUCUCCAGCCGCGAUGUUUUCGUGAGUGUGUAAUAGAAAUUACACUUUUCCUUGACGCGCGUAUGGCGCCCCGAUGUCGUCAUGUCGGCGCUCAUCCGCUCUUCACGGCGCUCUUCCUAAUGUAGAGUUAAGAUUGCAGCGACCGCAAACGGAUCAAAACAGAACCACAUUCCGCGCGCGCGCGCGUUACGCGUUGUGCAAGUUACGAAGCAUCUCGAAGCACUCUAUCGUACGAAGGUCUCAUGCAGAUUUUUCGCUCCUCCUUCUUUUUCUCCUCUUCUUUUUCUACCGCAGCAGAGCUUUGAAAUGGUGUGUGCCUUUUGACCUCUUUCGCUUCCGCAGUUUGGUAAAAUUAACUCAAAUUAACUCCGGACCCAGUGGCGGGGGGUUAC